UUGAAAAAUCAUAAUUAAAGCAAGAAAACUCCAUUUUUCGUAAUUUCAAUAGGAAAUUCGAAACUGUUGUUUUCGACUCUAAAUAACUCCUUUCUUAAUCCAUUCAUCGAUUGACAUCCAUUCAUUCACCAAAAACACUUCACUCUCUACUCAAACACUGCAAAUCUCCAAUGUCAAAAUCUUCACUCUUCUUCUGUACAUUACUGUUAAUAGUAAUUGUAUUUGCUUUAGCAGAUGCUGAAUUACUGAGAAAAACAUUUAUAAUUCGCGUUGAACGCGAUGCAAAGCCGUCCAUUUUCCCUACCCAUAAGCACUGGUAUGAAUCAACUCUUAGAUCCCUCUCCCCUACUGCAAUUCACGACAACUCCUCGGAUUCUGCUGAUGUAAGCACCGUAAUUCAUACUUACGAUACUGUUUUCCAUGGGUUUUCUGCUAAGCUCUCUACUUCGGAAGCUCAAAGGCUGGAAACUCUAUCUGGGAUAGUAGCUCUCAUUCCUGAGCAAGUGAGGCACUUGCAUACCACGCGCUCCCCGGAAUUUCUUGGAUUAAAGACCAGUGACAGUGCUGGCCUGUUGAAGGACUCGGAUUUUGGGUCGGAUCUUGUNCAGCCCGCUCCGCUUGUGGCCUCGUUCUCGGCUAGAGGGCCUAAUCCUGAGACACCGGAGAUUUUAAAACCGGAUGUUAUUGCUCCAGGAUUGAAUAUACUAGCAGGCUGGCCGGAUGGUGUUGGACCUAGUGGAAUUCCAUCAGAUAAGCGAAGAACGGAGUUCAAUAUAUUGUCGGGGACAUCAAUGGCCUGCCCUCAUGUUUCUGGGCUUGCUGCAUUGUUGAAGGCUGCUCAUCCUGAAUGGAGCCCCGCGGCAAUUAGGUCUGCUUUGAUGACAACAGCUUACACAGUAGAUAAUCGUGGUGAAACAAUGUUGGAUGAAUCGACGGGGAAUUCAUCGACCGUGAUGGAUUAUGGAGCAGGUCAUGUGCAUCCUCAAAAGGCUAUGGAUCCAGGAUUGAUUUACGAUUUGAGUUCUUAUGAUUAUGUGGAUUUUCUUUGUAACUCGAAUUAUACGACCAAGAAUGUACAACUUGUCACUCGGAAGUAUAAGGAUUGCAGCGGAGCGAAAAGGGCUGGCCACAUCGGGAAUCUGAAUUACCCUUCACUCUCAGCUGUAUUCCAACAAUAUGGAAAGAAGAAUAAGACGUCGACUCAUUUCAUUAGGACAGUCACUAACGUUGGAGAAUCAAAUUCUGUGUAUGAAGUGACAAUUAAUCCACCCAAGGGAGUGGUGGUGACUGUGCAGCCGGAGAGGCUUGCAUUUAGGAGGGUGGGGCAAAAACUGAACUUUCUAGUGAGGGUACAAGUCCGGAAAGAGAAACUCUCCGCUGGGAAUUCAGUACUGAAGAGUGGCUCUAUAGUAUGGUCAGAUGGGAAGCAUGACGUUAUAAGUCCAGUAGUCGUGACAAUCCAGCAGCCCCUGUAGGGUGAGGGAGCAACUUUUCCGGAGUGGAGACUUGGCCGAGUAAUAUCUUGAUACUUGGUAAUGCCCGUGUUUAAUCAACUUAUCUUAUAUAUUAAGGAGUGUGAAUGCUUGGCACUUUCUUCUACUUGAGGGUUGAUAAGUGAAGGAUAAUGUGGUGUUGGUGUAAGCAGACUCGUGUCUAUAAAAUGUUCUCUAAUCUUUGAAGUUUUUACAAUCAUAAUUGCUUUAUCUUAAUUUGAA